GGCGCCGCCCCUCGGCCCGCAUGCGCACCCAGUGCGGCGCGGCCUGAGGAAAUUUCCUUACACUCCCUCUGCGGCAGGCUCCAGUUUCUCCUCCCAUCUUCUCUGUUUUACUAGUCCCUGCAGGAUUUCACUAGAGUACUAUUGGGAGAAAGUAUCAUGGAAGUUCUGCGCCCACAGCUUAUAAGACUUGGUGGACGGAUUUACAGAAAAAAUCCCAUCCAAGAACAGACUUAUCAACAUGAAGAAGAAGAUGAAGACUUCUAUCAAGGCUUCAUGGAGUGUGCAGAAGAGCCCUGUGAUGCCUACGAGGUGGUGCAGACCCAGCAAGGUUUCCGGUGUACCGUGAAGGCCCCCAGCCUGCUCUACAAGCAUAUAGUUGGAAAGAGAGGGGACACUAGGAAGAAACUAGAAGUGGAAACCAAAACUUCUAUUAGCAUUCCUAAGCCUGGACAAGAAGGAGAAAUUGUAAUCACUGGACAGCAUCGAAGUGGUGUUAUUUCAGCCCGAACUCGGAUCGAUGUUCUUUUGCUCACUUUUAGAAGAAAGCAGCCCUUCACUCACUUCCUUGCCUUUUUCCUCAAUGAAGUUGAGGUUCAGGAGCGAUUCCUGAAGUUCCAAGAGGAAGUACUGGAGAAGUGCUCCAUGGAUCAUGGGGUUGAUAGCACCAUUUUCCAGAAUCCCAGAAAGCUUCACCUAACUAUUGGAAUGUUGGUACUUUUGAGUGAGCAAGAGAUCCAGCAGACGUGUGAGAUGCUACAGCAGUGUAAAGAGGAAUUCAUUGAUGACAUUUCUGGGGGCAAACCCUUAGAGGUAGAGAUGGCAGGGAUAGAAUACAUGAACGAUGAUCCCGGCAUGGUGGAUGUUCUUUAUGCCAAAGUCCAUAUGAAAGAUGGCUCCAACAGGCUGCAAGAAUUAGUCGAUCGAGUGCUGGAACGUUUUCAGGCAUCUGGACUAAUAGUGAAAGAGUGGAAUAGUGUGAAACUCCAUGCUACAGUCAUGAACACUCUAUUCAGGAAGGACCCCAAUGCUGAAGGCAGGUACAAUCUCUACACAGCGGAUGGCAAAUACAUCUUCAAGGAAAGAGAAUCAUUUGAUGGCCGAAACAUUUUAAAGCUCUUUGAGAACUUCUACUUUGGCACCCUGAAGCUCAAUUCCAUUCACAUCUCUCAGAGGUUCACGGUAGACAGCUUUGGGAACUACGCCUCCUGUGGGCAAAUUGACUUCUCCUGAGGAGGAUCUUGGGAAGCGCCAAAAAUUGAACAUCCUCCCGAGGUGCCAGGGGAAAGAAGAUCUUUGUUUUUAUUGCCGAUGAGGGAUGUGGAAAUUUGGAUGGUGACUUUCCUGGGUGGUUCCCCACAACACAGCAUGGUCUCUAAUAUAAUACUUGUCCACAGUCAGCAAACUGCCGGUCAGCCCAGGUGGUUGUGGGCACAAGGGGAACUUGUGUCUGGAACCCUUGGCUUGUUCCUCUUUCACAGGGUCUACUUUCUUUCUGAAGCUCUUCUCUGGAAACGUACCCCUCAAGCCCACUGGAGCUAAGAUUCGCAUUAUUUCUUACACACAUACUGAUUUUGCCCCAGCCAUUAAGCUCUUUCAUAGUAACACUUUAAAAGAGAGUUUUGUUUUUUUAUUUUUAUUUUUUAAUAUAUGAAAUUUAUUGUCAAAUUGGUUUCCAUACAACAGCCAGUGCUCAUCCCAAAAGAUGCCCUCUUCAAUACCCACCACCUACCCUCCCCACCCUCCCACCCCCCCCAUCAACCCUCAGUUUGUUCUCAGUUUUUAAGAGUCUCUUAUGCUUUGGCUCUCUCCCACUCUAACCUUAAAAGAGAGUUUUAAAAACAUGGUUUCAUUACCGUCUCCACGUAAAUCAAAUGUCUCCAGUUUUAACCAGGUUUGAUUUUUACUUCCCUUUGUACUGUAACUUUUAAUCACUACCCAGAAUUCCUUUGUGGUAAAAAACACACGACAUAAAGUUUACCAUCUUAACCAUUUCUUUGUAAGUAUGUAGUUCAGUAGUAGUAAGUAUAUUCACGUUGUUGUGAAACAUCUCCAGAACUUUCUCAUCCUGCAAAUCUGAAACUAUACCCAUUAAACAACUCUCCGUGUCCCCCUCCCCCAAGUCUCUGGCAGCCACCCUUCUGCUUUCUCUUUCUAUGAGCUUGACUGCUUUAGAUACCGCAUAGGAGUGGAAUCAUACGGUAUUUGUCUUUUUGUGACUGGCUUAUUUCACUUAGCGUGAUAUCCUCAAGGUUCAUCCACGUUGUGUAGUGCAUGUCAGAAUUUCCUCCCUUUAAGAAAGGCCAAAUAAUAUUUUGUUUUACGUGUACCCUGUGUUUUGUUUAUCCAUUCAGCCACCGAUGGAUGCUUGGGUUCCUUGACUGUCGUGAACAGUCCUCUGUGAACACGGCUGUACAGAUACCUCUUCCUGAUCCUGCUUUCAAUUUCUUUACUACUCAGUUUUAUCUUCAGCGAAAUAACAUCACGUUUUUUUUUUUGAUCUUUUACUUUGGUCUGUCCUUUUUCUUCUGAAGUUGGUACCCUUUUAUGUUUGUUGGAUUCCUGUUCCUUAUCCUACCCCCCCACCCCCAGCCUUCCCAGGCCAGUGAUGGAGUUGCAGUAUUGUAGCUCCUUUGUGUCAACUCUGCGGGGCAGCAGCAGUAGAAACAGCGAUGGCAUCAGCAGGGCCGUGCACGGUUCCACGGGGCAGAGUCAGCUGCGGAAGGACCGUCUCCCUUCCUUGCUCCAGCCUCGCUCUCACCUUCCUCUCCUCUUCACAUUUCUUCUCCCUCCAUGUCCCCUCUUUCUCUUUCCUUCAUUCCUUACUCUUGAUUCUUUCUGUUUGAAAAGUGUGAUUCUGAACCCUGUGCAUUAAGGCCACUACCUAGUAAGGGCUGUGUAGAACACUCAGGUUUGCUUAUCAGUGCGACUGCCCAGAUCACUUGUGAAUAAAUGAAUUUCCAGAGUUA